AUGUAAUGUACACUAUAGAAGAGAACUCCCAGGAGGAUGGAGACAUCUAAUCAUGAAACCUAUCUUUUGGGUGGAACUACACCUGCCAAAAUAAGAAAUCGAAAAAUCUCAACAACAACAUCUCCUCAAGUCAGAUAUCACUCACAGGCUGAUAAAAAAUUUGAAGACAAAGGUGUGGGAUGCGAUCUCUUUGAAAUUACUUCGAUUACUAAGACUUUUCAAUUUAAUAUGCCUUAAAUUGAGAAUUCCCAAUAACCGCCGCUUAUUCCUGAUAAAAAAGUUUUGAAGAAGAAGAAUGGGUUAAUUAUUUUUAAACCGAUUCCCAAAGAAUGUCAUUUGAGGACAUUUUAUUAGAGUCCCAAAAAUUAGACCUUAAUAAAUAAAUCUAGGAAGAGAGACUGGAGAUUGAGGAAGAUGAUGGAUACUGAGAUUAUGAAAUCCAGUUUGGAGAAGGAGAGGUGGUUUACUGACAGAAAUUGUCGCAUCUUCCUCAAUGAUUUGUGGUCUGAUUCCUAUUUUCAAUGA